AUGUCGUCUUUGAUGAAACCUAGGAAAAAUAAAUAUGAGAAAAUUAAACAUUUGGGAGAGGGACAGUUUGCAAAUGUGUAUCAAGCUAAGGAUCUUUAUACAGGAAAAAUUGUUGCAAUUAAAAAGAUUAAACUCGGUUCAAGACACGAGGCUCGUGAUGGCAUUAAUCGAACUGCAAUUCGUGAGAUUAAAUUACUUACAGAAUUGUAUCACGACAAUGUAAUAGCUUUGUUGGAUGUAAUUGGGCACAGAACAAGUAUUCAACUUGUUUUUGAUUUUAUGGAGACUGAUUUGGAGAAUUUAAUUAAAGACAACAAUACAAUUCUUCAACAUUCCCAUAUUAAAAAUAUUCUUUUACAAGAUUUGAAACCAAAUAAUUUAUUAAUGAAUUUAAAUGGAAGAAUAAAAAUUGCUGAUUUUGGAUUGGCACGUUAUUUUGGCUCUCCUACAAGAAUAUAUACACAUCAAGUUGUUACACGAUGGUAUCGAGCUCCAGAACUUCUUUACGGAGCUAGGGCCUAUGGAGUUGGAGUUGAUACAUGGGCAAUGGGUUGUAUAAUUGCAGAAUUACUUUUGAGAGUUCCCAUAUUCCCAGGCGAAUCUGAUCUCGAUCAAUUGGUUAAGAUUUAUAAUGUUCUUGGUAUGCCUACUGAAGAGACUUGGCCUGGACUUACUUCUUUGCCUGAUUAUAUCCAAUUACAAAAUUGUGGUCAAGGUUAUGAACUCAAAAAUGUAUUUCCGGCAGCAAGUGAUGACCUUUUAGAAUUAAUUUUUGGUUGUUUACUUUUUGAUCCAUUAAAAAGAUUAACGGCAACACAAUCACUUCAUUCACAAUAUUUUAAAUCUUUACCCUAUGCUUGUGAUGAUUCUGAAUUGCCAAUAGUUAAACAACAACGUAAACGAAAACAACAACAAAUAUCAUUAAAAGAAAAAAUUGCAAAUGGAGAAGAACCUCCAUUUACACGAAGAAGACUUGAAUUUUAA